AUGACUCGAGAAGCAACAUCAACGACACCAACCCCCCUAACACCAUCAAUAAAACAACCAACUGUCCCACCUUUGAAAGUAUCAUCGUCUACAAUACAAGUGAAUAAUGUUUUAGUCAAUAGUAAAUUAUUAGAUAUCACAAGAAAGUCGAAUAACCAUUUACAGAAUGAUAAUAUCUUCCUCCUGCAAUCAUUAUUUUCACCAAUGACCUACACAAAUUAUAUUAAUUUAAAUGAUUUACCUAUAAAUCAGGUAGUUAGUGGGGAUUCAGUUGUGUCGAAUCGUGAUGAACUGCUCAUUAAUCGUCUUGAAUUGGAGAAAGGACAUUUGAAUUUUGAAUCGCGUUUUGAAUGUGGUAAUCUGCGGAAAGCUAUUCAAGUUCGACAAUAUGAAUACGAUUUAAUCCUCAAUCCUGAUGUUAAUACUAUAUCAAAUUUACAAUGGUUCUAUUUUCGUGUAUCCAAUAUGGAAGCGAAUGUUUCAUAUCGUUUUAAUAUUGUCAACUGUGAAAAGGUGGAUAGUCAAUUCAACUCGGGCAUGCAACCUCUUUUAUUCUCAGUUCGUGAAGCUCUUGAAUCUCGUCCAUACUGGAGACGUGUUGGCAGCCAUAUUAAUUAUUAUAGAAAUCAUUUUACUCGUCAAUUUGCACGUAAAGGUAAUGUGGAUGGUGGAACGUAUUACACAGCUUCAUUUGUUAUACGUUUUCCAUAUGCUGGUGAUGUCUGCUAUCUAGCCUAUCAUUAUCCAUAUACAUAUACACGUCUAUUAAUUGAUUUAAACAAAUGGCAAAAUCAAAUAUUGAACAAUUCAAGGGAUAUUUAUUUUCAGAUACAACAGUUAACUUCAACUAUUUUAUCUAAUCCAGUACCGUUAAUUACAAUUACACAAAAUAUAAAUUCUGCAGAUAAUUCGGCAAAUAACAAUCAACGUCCUUACAUAUUUCUAACAUGUCGUGUACACUCUGGUGAAUCAAAUUCUAGUUGGGUAAUGAAGGGCCUGAUUGAACAUCUUUUAUCAAAUGAUAAUUUGCAAAUGAUUGAAUUACGUAAAAUGUUCAUUUUUAAAAUAAUACCAAUGUUAAAUCCUGAUGGUGUUAUCAAUGGAAAUCAUCGUUGUUCAAUGGCUGGUAAAGAUUUAAAUCGUCGUUGGAUUAAUCCAUCACCGUUGAUUCAUCCAACUAUUUAUCAUAGUAAAAUGUUAUUAAGAUUACUCACAAUCUGUGAACGUGCACCAUAUAUUUUCAUUGAUUUCCAUGGACAUUCACGUAUGAAGAAUAUUUUUCUUUAUGGAUGUAGUCCAAGUGAAUCAUGGCGUCAUCCAGAUGUAAAUAAUCCAGCUUAUCGUGGUCCAAAUCAAUCUGAAGAUAUGUCAUAUCGUGCAUUAGCUGAUAUUCUAGAUAAAAUAUCACCGUUAUUUUCAAAACAAUCAUGUCUAUAUGUGGUUAGUAAAGCUAAAGAGACUACAGCUCGAAUAGCUGUUUGGCGUGAAUUCAAUGUUCUACGCUCGUAUACAAUUGAAGCAUCCUAUUGUGGUAUUUAUCGUAAAUGGCAAAAAAAUAAACAUUCUGAAAGUGUUGAACAACAUCACCAACAACAACAACCACACCGGAAAGAUGCCAAAGAAGACGAUCACUCUGACGAGAAGGCUAAUGCUGAAUCAGUGCUUAUUCAACAUCAAAUAAGACCUAUUGAUUUAAUGAAUUUUGGUUCACAGUUACUUGAAGCAUUUUUGCUAUUACCUCAAUUUGAAAAGGCUGUUAUAUCAGUAGAUAGUGAUAGUGAUCUAGCAAAAAUGAGGUGUAAACAUCCUAGUACAUCAGGAUUGACGACAUCAUUAUCUGCAUCCUCCACGUCUUCAUCCUCGUCAUCGACUUCUUCAUCCUCUUCAUCAUCGUCCUCUUCGUCAUCGUCGUCGUCCUCCUCCUCCUCGUCUACAUCAUUAUCAUUAGCAUCUACACCCGAAAUAGUGAUGUCAACACGUCCAACUCACUUUGACAAAGAUAGCAGCAGUAAUGAUGAGGGUAAAAGGACUGAAAUAAAAGAUCAAAUGAAAAAUAGUGAUAAUAUCAAAAUGGCUGAAUAA